AGACACAGAAACAGAGAGAGAGAGAGAGAGUGUUUGAUAAUUUGUGAGAGAAUUUCUCAGAAACCCUAAUUUCGGAGAGAUCGGUGAUGGCUUCCUCCAAGGACCGUGAGACCUUCGUCUACGUCGCCAAGCUCGCCGAGCAGGCUGAGCGUUACGAAGAGAUGGUGGAUUCAAUGAAGAAGGUCGCAAAUCUUGAUGUUGAACUCACUGUUGAGGAGCGGAAUCUUCUCUCUGUUGGUUACAAGAAUGUGAUUGGAGCUCGCAGAGCAUCUUGGAGGAUCUUGUCUUCCAUUGAGCAAAAGGAGGAAACUAAGGGGAAUGAAGUAAAUGCGAAGCGGAUUAAGGAGUACAGGAACAAGGUUGAGGCAGAGCUUACAAACAUCUGUAACGAUGUUAUGAGGGUGAUUGAUGAACACCUUAUACCUUCGGCUACAGCUGGUGAAUCAACUGUGUUCUAUUAUAAAAUGAAAGGAGAUUACUAUCGUUAUCUUGCUGAAUUUAAGAGUGGCAAUGAGAAGAAGGAGGCUGCUGAUCAGUCAAUGAAAGCAUAUGAGUCUGCUACCACUGCAGCAGAGGCUGAAUUACCCCCGACACAUCCCAUUCGUUUGGGUCUUGCUUUGAAUUUCUCAGUUUUCUAUUAUGAGAUCUUAAAUUCACCUGAGAGGGCCUGUCAUCUUGCAAAGCAAGCUUUUGAUGAAGCUAUUUCCGAGCUUGAUACCUUGAAUGAGGAUUCAUACAAAGAUAGCACCUUGAUCAUGCAACUUCUCAGGGACAACCUUACCUUGUGGACUUCUGACAUCCCAGAAGAUGGAGAAGAUGCCCAGAAAGUCAAUGGCACUGCCAAGCUUGGGGGAGGUGAGGAUGCUGAGUGAGUUGAUGCUUGGUGCAACCUCCAUAGGACUUUGAUGCAUGUGUUUGGGAAUGAAACAAGAGGGCUGAGCACUCAUCUGUGUAUUAGCUAGAGAUAGGGUUUUUCUAUUUGUUUCCUCUUCUCUCUCUCUUUUUCUCUUUCACUUUCUCUCUCUCAUCUCUGUUGUCUUCUUGAUUGGUCAUACUUCCCAAUAGGGGAAAAAGAAACAAACUCCAUUUGUGCUAUAAUUAUUGUAUGGUCUUUAUUUUGUGUGGUGGCUGGAAAUGGUCUGUUUCAUUCCCUGCCUUUCCUCCUUUGUGGGGAAAUUGAUUGAUGAGUAUUGCUUAUGUUGUAAUCCCCUAUUUCCAAUGAAAUACUGCAACUUCAUAUGGAAAUACUGAUGUAUUCCAUAUUGAUUUUUAGAUGAUA